GCAAGGCUAUAACUUCCUCAAAAAUUUAACUACAGUCCGAACAGAUCAACAGGUGGAACAAGGUUUCCUAACGAAAACGAAAUACACACACCAUGAUGCUCAAAAAUUUCAUGGCAGCAGUCCUCUGCCUAGUUCUGACCCUCUUAAUGGGGGUUGUGCAGGCACAGGAAAAUGCCAUGUUGCAGAUACCACCGUCACUCGUGGAGUGCUACAAUACAUCGUAUUUCAUGAAUCGAGACAAUCGACUGCCAGCCAAUAUGGAUACGCUCAUUUCGCUGAUCGAAAAGGUAGAAAACAGCUACCCCACGUCAGGCGUACAGGCAGACAUUAGAACUGUGGCAGUGUCCUUGCUCCAUCGAUUUCGUCAAGACGGCAUUAAGAAGGCCCCCGGUGUGACUGCCGUGGAUGGUGUAAUACCAUACAGUCCUACUGGCUUCCAGUUUCCCAAGUUUCGCAUUUUGCUUUCGCGCCUCAUCCCCGGCAAUGCCAACAGUUUCCCCAACAACUCACUAACCAGUGUGGAACGAUGCUCUCUUCACUUUAUGCUCUCUAGCACCUUUGACACGCGGGUUCGCGGCGAUGAGAAUAGCGUAUGUAAUCAACUCUCCCAGUAUCGGGCGCACCGACUGCCGCGGUCAGCGAAGGCCGACGAUGAGAACAAUUUUAUUGGCGAUGUUGAGUUGUUGAGUGGAGACACUCGUCCAAAGCGGGGACGUUCCGCCAUUCCCGAUUCAAAAUAUGUGCAGCUUGGAGAAAUGGACUACGAGUCCGACUGGGCUUAUUCGGGUUCGGAAGGCACCAGCCAGUGUCCCAUUGAAGAUGGUCUUGUUCGUACCCCCUGGGGAACCGUUUCCGCAGGCACCGUAAUAGCUGGAAUAGCGGCGGGCGUUCAACAGCAGACAGUACAGCUAAACACAUUGUUGGCCCUGGCCAGCCAACGACGUGGGCGAGGAAGAAGUCAGUCCCAAACAAGUAACAGCAUUGACAAUCGUUGGGCAGCUACUCUGGCCGGAGAUUUGGCCGAAGUGACACUUGUCCAGGUGCCGGUGUCUACCAACAAUGCAGCUUCUGUCGGCGCCACUGGCGGCUGGAACGACACGGUUCUGCCGCAUUGGUAUUUCUUGUCGCAGCGCACCAAUCUCGAAGCUACUGAUGCCGAGAUUCGCGGAGGCCUUGAUGGCUUGAUUCUUGCCAAAAAUGUGGCAAACUGGAGAACUCAAGCGUCUAGUUUAAAAUUGUCCCAGCUACUCCGAAUGUACUACUCCACAAAUGGGGUUUUAAGCUCUGGAGUCAACGCCUGCAGUCGGCAAAGCCAGUUUCCUAAUGUGGCACCAUCUACAGAAAUGACAGAGCAGACAAGUGCCUUCGCACAGGUUCUGGAUAGGGAAAUGCAGUUACGAGUCACCCUCCAGCCGCUUGCAAUCACUCAAUUUGCUUCAACCGCCGCCCUUUCCCUGGUGACGUAUGUGCCGAUAAUGGACAGUUUUCCGUUUCAGCAAGGGUCUGAUGUUUCCAAUAUGACAACAGUAAUAGCGAAUAUCUAUGUGUUCGUCGAUACGUAUUGGCCCUACAAUUGGGUGGUGGACUACGUAGCGUACGUACUGCAGGGAGCAAACAUACACCCCUAUGCCAGCAAGGUAACAGUUUUUGCAGCUUCCGAUGCCUCGGUUCUUGUUAAUACCACGGACUACAUUAUCAAUGUGUAUGAGGAAUGGAACUCAACAUCACACUACUGGCAUCCGACUGGCUUCAAUCUCCCGCUGAUUCUGAAUACGUUAAGCACCAGAGUGGAGGAAUUACUUGGAGAGGACCGAGUCGCCGACAAUCUUGGCGGUCGUUCCCUAAUUGCUCUGCUAGUCCCAAGCCCAACAUCCUUCGUAAAUGAGCAUGACUAUGACUACUGCCAGAAUUAUAUAGUUCGCCUUGGGAAGAGUCUUCCAAACUUGCAUUUCCUUUACUAUGGUGGUGGUGCUUUAGUGAGGUUUCACGACUUUGUUAGAGACCCCAGUAAAGAUUUGUUUGUUCUGAACACUGAGAAGCCACCUGAGGAGUGUGGUGAUCCUGUCAUUACACGCAUUCGGCAGGUUCCUAGACGCCUUUCCAAUCCACGUUGCUACUCCAAUGGAGCCAUAAGUGAGUUUGGUAUGAACUCUCUCAAACAAUUCGAGCGCUUGGGGAGUAUUAAUUUCUAUCGACUGGAUUCGCUCUACAUGCCGGUCAGGCAGAGCAUGCGCUACCUAAAAGUUUCGCCCGUAAGUCCAAUAACUUUUACGGUAUGCACAUCCCGAAGUCUUGCAUUGCCUUUCCGAAAUCUAAGCGCUCCCCUAAGGGAUGAUGAGAGCUGCCAGUCAACGGCAUUGGGUUCAUAUAGUUAUGAUCUGACUGAUGCCUGCUCUGGUUAUGACUUUGAGCCUUGUCCCCCUUUAUUUUUCUCCGUGCAGGCUCAAAAAUUUGGAGAGGUCUCGUGUACAGAUGCAGAAUGCCAAACGCCAGACGAAGCCCAGUAUAUUAUCAGCUUAAAUAAUCUCGGCUGCAAUGGCGCAAUGGCUCAUCAGUUGCCUCUAUCAUUGGGGGUUUCAGCUCUUUUAUUUGCCUUCUUAAGUCACACCUAAACGAAAGCCAAUGUGUCACAUACAUAAAAACGUCGAGAAAACCUUCAUGAAUUGCUUAAUAAAAUAAACUAGGACGCCUCUAUUACCUGGCCUAGUCUACCUGGCCGAACAUAUGGCCUUCCUGCUGCCCUUUCUCCAGAAGAGGAGACUACAAAUAAAAAUGUUGCUUGUUAAA